AUGUCUCUCAUCAAGUCAAGUAAAGGAAAUGAUCAACUUCUUCUCGAUGGUUUUCGUUAUCGUCGAGAUAGGACAGUGUGGCGCUGUGUAAAGGACAAGUGUAAAGGUCGUGCUCGUCCUGAUGGAAAUUCGUUUGAAGCAUACCAAGAUCAUACAUGUCAAGCGCCAGAUCCGGACGAAAUUGAAAAAGCUUUAUAUAAUCACGAAAUUAGGAAGAAAGCUGCCGAAUGUCAUGAUACACCAAGAUUAAUAAUACACGAGGCUCGACUUAAGUUAUCGUCAGAUGCUGCUAUUACUAGUCCUCAAUAUAACGCAUCACAACGUGUUAUUCAACGUAUUAGAAGAGAUGAUAAUAUUCCGUCAGAACCUAAAACAUUCGCCGAUAUUGUUAUUCCAUUAAAUUUUCAAAAUACUGUUACGAAUCAAAAGUUUCUUUUAUAUGAUAAUAAUGAUGUUAAUCGUCGAUUAUUGAUAUUUGCAAGCAAAGAACAAUUGGAUUUUUUAAAUCAAUGUGAAAGUUGGCAUUGUGAUGGUACCUUUGCUGUUGCUCCUAAAAUGUUUGAACAAAUGUACUCUAUACAUGGUUCAAUACGUGGGAAAAGCUUACCAUUAGUUUACGCACUUUUACCUAACAAAGAUGAAAAAGCUUAUGCAGAAUUAUUCAAAAUUGUGAAACAACAUGUUAGACGGAAACCGAAAUACCUUUCAAUCGAUUUUGAAAAAGCAGCUGAAAAUUCAUUUGGUGUUAUAUAUCCUGAAUGUGAAAUAUUUGGGUGUUUUUUUCACUUCAAACAAUGUAUCUGGAGACAUAUUUGUGAAUUACAUUUGAAAAAAGAGUUCCUUGAAAAUGAUGCUAGUCGUCGAACAAUGAAGAAUUUAGCUGCUCUUGCAUUUAUUCCAUCGCAAAAUGUUAUUGAAGAAUUCGUUCGUAUUAAAGAUAAUUCAUCAGAAGUAUUGGACGUGUCGUGCGCGAUAAUGUCAAUGCGCGGUAGUGUCAAUACGCGGUGGUGUCGUGCGCGGUGGUGUCGUGCGCGGUACUGUCGUGCGCGGUACUGUCGGCGCGGUACUGUCGGCGCGGUAAUGUCACGCGCGGAAAUAUCGUGCCACGCAGCUGUAUGUUGGAUUUAUGGUCGAAUGGUUCAUGUAGAAUUAGAUGAUCAUAGACCAAUUGGUCUUAUUCAUACAUCUUGGAGUGAAUCAUCAAUUGAAUUAUGGUCACCACCUGAAGUUUUCAAAGAUUGUCAUAUGUUAAUAAAGGAAGAUGAAGUCAAAUUGAAUAAUUCUGUUAUUUAUAAUGCGAUGAUUUAUCCAUUAACACGACUGAUAAUCAAAGGAGUGAUUUGGUAUCAAGGAGAAGCAAAUGUGAAUUAUAAUCGAGACAAAUAUCAAUGUACAUUUCGGAAAAUGAUUCAAUAUUGGAGAUUUACAUGGCAACAACGUACAAAUUCUCUCAUAGAUUCACAAUUUCCAUUUGGUUUUGUUCAAUUAUCAACAGGAGAAUCAACAGGAAAGAUUAUUGGUGGAUUUCCAUGGAUUCGAUGGCAUCAAACAUUUGAUUUUGGUUUUACACCAAAUAAUGCAACUGAAAAUGUAUUUAUGGCAACAACAAUCGAUUUACGUGAUGAUCAAGGAGGUGUUCAUCCUCGAACAAAACUUGAUGUUGGUUAUCGUCUUUCUCGGUCUGGUCUUGCUAUGGUUUAUAAACAAACAAAUGUUGCUUAUCAAGGACCAAUUCCAAAUGAAGUUGUACGAGAUAGUUUCGAUCGAAUGAAUGUUACAUAUUUAAGUACAUUUUCAUCAUCAAUUGAACUACGAAAUUCAAAUGGAUUUGAAAUAUGUUGUGAAGAUCAACAAAUAUGUAUGUUAAAUGAAACCAAUUGGUUAUCAGUAACACCUAUUUAUGAUCCAUUUUCACCGAUUACUGUUAAACUUCUUAUACCAACAAUAUGUCAGUCGAAAUCAAUUCAUGCUGUUCGAUAUUUAUGGAGAGAAACACCUUGUCUUUUUAAACAAGCAGCUGUUUAUAGUACAGCAGAUUCAAAUUUACCUGCUCCACCAUUUAUUCGAUUUUUAUAA